AGAUGUAAAAGCUAAGAUCCAAAGGCUCACAAUAGCCAACAUAGAGUUGCUAUAUAGCAUCAUUUUCCUCCGUCUUCCUCCACUCCCUGCCGUUCUAGGUUUUAUUUUUUAUUUUGGUGUUCUCCAAAAGCUUCUUUCAACGCCAAAAUGGUUCUUCAAAACGAUAUUGAUCUGCUAAACCCUCCGGCGGAGCUUGAGAAGAAGAAGCACAAGCUAAAGCGCCUUGUUCAGUCCCCCAAUUCCUUUUUCAUGGAUGUGAAAUGUCAAGGCUGCUUCAAUAUAACUACUGUUUUCAGCCACUCACAAACUGUGGUGGUGUGUGGGAAUUGCCAGACUGUGUUGUGCCAGCCUACAGGUGGGCGUGCUAGACUCACUGAGGGAUGCUCCUUUAGGAGAAAGGGAGAUUAGGUAUUGUUAGCUCAUGUUCUUUGCUUGACUAGGUUGAGAGAAAUUUUAGUUAGUCAUGACUUUUUGAAGGGAUUCAAAUGAAGAAUGGUUUUGAUUUCCCCCAAGUUAUGUUGAUUUUGGUUCAACUUUUUAAACUAUGAAGAUUUGCUACUUUUUU